ACGCAACCUUCGCUUCAGCUGUUUGUGUCCCAGAAUCGUUGAUUUUGUGCUGAGUUAGCGGCCACUGUUGAUCACUUUAAUAAACAUUAAAGAAAGUUCCCGCAUUUCAAAACCAUUUUACUUAAAUUUGUGUGCAAGAUGUUCCUGACCCGUUCCGAGUACGACCGUGGUGUGAACACCUUCUCUCCCGAGGGACGUCUUUUCCAAGUGGAGUAUGCUAUUGAGGCGAUUAAAUUUGGAUCUACUGCGAUUGGAAUUAGCACACCGGAAGGUGUUGUAAUGGCAGUAGAGAAACGAAUUACCUCAUCGCUGAUAGAACCAUCGAAGAUGGAAAAGAUUGUAGAAGUAGACCGUCACAUAGGAUGUGCCACCUCGGGAUUGAUGGCCGAUUCGCGGACGCUGCUGGAUCGUGCGCGUAUCGAGUGUCAGAAUCAUUGGUUCGUGUACAACGAGCGGAUGUCGGUUGAAUCAUGUGCACAGGCUGUUUCUAACGUGGCCAUCCAGUUUGGCGAUGGUGAUGAUACGGAUUCGGCCAUGAGUCGACCGUUCGGUGUAGCUAUACUGUUUGCCGGCAUUGAAAAUGGUGAACCGCAGCUGUGGCAUAUGGAUCCGUCCGGGACGUACAUACGGUUCGACGCGAAAGCAAUCGGUUCCGGUAGCGAAGGUGCACAACAGAAUUUGCAAGAAUACUAUUUGCCCACGAUGACCAUUAAGGAAGCGAUCAAUCUAGCUCUUAGCACACUGAAGCAAGUGAUGGAAGAAAAGCUAAACUCAACGAACGUUGAAGUUAUGACGAUGACGCCGAAGGAACUGUUCCGAAUGUUUAGCAAGGAGGAAGUUGAAGAGUACAUCAACAACAUGAGCUAAAUGGGACGUGCGACAUUGCUGCUUCCCCGAGCUGUUUCCGCGCAUCCCCUCUUAUUUUUAAGCCCAUUAUCAGCAGACUAGUUUUGCAUCUGGUAGAUCAAGGUAUCGGUUUACAUGUUUCAAAGAAGGUUUUGGAGUGCAAAUUGCUUUCUUUUCAACUAGCUUCUCGACGGAAGCAAAGUAAGCCUUGUGCGAGACAGAGAAGAGAAUAAAAUUUGUUCGAGAAGUGAAAGAUGCUGUUCAUUGAACGUGGUAAGAAAUAUCGCUAAUAUAAUUUUGUUUAAGAAAAUAAUGGUCAACUAAUGUUUCAUAAUUUGUGGUUAUUUGUGAAACCUAACCAUUUCUUGUAAUGUAGCACUCGGAAAAGAUUUUUUCGCGACCAACUUUGUGUGUAUCUUAAUUUUGAGAGAUUUAUGGCAGGUUCUUUUGUUUGGAAUUCAAUAUAACCCUGGAAGGUGUUCCCAAGUGCAAUUGCAAAUUUCAUGGAUGAC